AUGUCCAGUAAUGGUCCUGAUGGUCAGCCACAAAUCCAUUUGGGUGCUCCAUCGCAAGUGCAACUUUCCCAAAUGCAGCCUCCAAUGCAAUCACAAAUGAGACCACAACCGGUUAUUCAUCACACAAUGUCGGUACACAUGCCUCAAGCGCCAAAUAUCGUUUGUAUGCAACGACCUCAAAUUGCAAAGACAGGUCAACUGGCUGUAGACAAACCCGUCACACCCUUCGUUGGAGGACAGACUCGAAUGCCUGCGGGUGGACAAAUGCCCCAACAAGUUCAUGUGAUAUCCCAGGGCAUGUUACAACCGCAGUCGCAAGCACAAACGGCCUAUAUGACGACUGAUGCGGGUCAUGGCAUGCAAGUGGGGAUGAUCGAUCAACAAAGAUCCAUGGUCACGAGGCGAGUUCUACUUAUGGGCAGCAGGGUAAUGCACAUCUGCCAACAAUGCCGAUAUUUCAAAUGGGAGCUCCUGGUAAGUAGUUCUUCGGAAUUAAGGAGGUCCGCUUGUUGUUACAUACUGCCUUUGAUGACCAUCGAAGGUGUUCAACAGCCCGUCUAUGGCACCACACUGCGUGUUGGUGCACCCAGUGUUCAAUCGCCAGUCUCCAAUUCCAAUGCUCCCAUUCGCUUCAUCUCUAACAACAACAACGCAUCGGCCAUGCAUCUAGUGACGCAGCCGAACCAAGUGCAGGUGAGCCCGCAGCAACACUUCAUUUCAGCGGAAACCCAGCAGCAGCAACGAAUGGUGGUACCGCAGCCUCGUGCGAAUGGCCCUACCAUGAAAAUCAUCCCCUCCUCCCAACAAACGCUUGUCUCACAAGGUGGCGGCGGGAGCCAGACGGCAACUAGGUCAGCAACGAACGCCAUGGUCCAGCCACAACGCCAACAGCCCGGCGAACACGCUGCUGGAACUCAGGUAAUCCACACCUUGACAACGGCGACGGCGACGCCAUCCGGUGCUGCCGGACCGGCCACACCGGAGCAGCAGCAGCAACAGCAGCAGCGGUACUUAAUGGUGCUGGAAAGUGCAAUGCAGCAAGUUCGCAUUCAUCAGCCGGAUGCGGAUAUGAAAAACUAUCAUCAACUCAAAGCCCUUCUCGAAAGAGACAAAAUUCCACCGCAAAAUAUGGGACGGAUUGAAAUGUUUAUUCGUCAGCUUCAACAGGAUCCAUUCCAUCUUCUCCAAAAGCGUACGGCCCAACAGCAACAACACCAGGGUGUUGUUGUUGUUGGCAGCAGUGGUGCAGUUUCAGAAGAGGCGCCUCAAAAGUUGCUUGCCCAAAAGCGAGUAGCUCAAGCCCAACGCUUCGUGCCCCCUGGAAUUCGACCCACCAUUGCUACAUCUUCUAGCCUAAAUUCCCUUUUGUCGCAACCAGUGGACCCUCCGGAAGCCGGAAUAUGUCCAUAUCCUGGCCAAAUGACGUCUCAGUCCGCUGCCGCAGCUGCCACAGCUCGGCACAUGCAACAGCAACAGCAGCAACAGCAAAUGAUAGUGACAUCCGAACAAGCUCACCAGCCCCCUGCCGACCCCUUUCAAGCUGCCAUGGACAAACUAGCAAAGGAAUUUAUGACUCUUGAGAAGCAGGUGGGCAGAGUGCGCUUCACUCGGGCUAUGAACGAGGUAUCAGAGGAGACACGCGAAUUGCGUGAGACGACAGGUCACGUGCUACCACGGGAUGUUUUUCCAAGUCCCCUGCCUGUGGCGAAGGUGGCGGUCGAAGCGGAAUCGUCAGAGAAAGACGAGAUGAACUUCCGCAUUGGAUGCAAGCGUGUAAGAGGAGGCGAGAAAGUGGAGGGGGAUUUUGGUAGUGCUGAUGGUGACAGACAAAUGUGUGACCCAAAACGAUCGAAAGUUGGUGGUGUAGAGCGUCGGACUAUGGCGGAGGUACCUAUUCAUGUCGGAGCUGAAGACCGCCUUGUGUACAGUGGAAAAUCAUCAAUGGAUGUACACCUCACUAUGGAGGAUAUAAAUCCUCGACUGAGGCAGGAGUUGGGUCGUAUCAGAGAGAGCCUUGAGGGGGUGGAGAUUUCACUAGCUCAUCCACAUCAAGGUUCCACAUCGUCCGCUGAGGCAUACCCUAGCAUGGAGGAGAUGGAGAACCACGUCACCUGUCGCGAUUUGGCGGAGUGGAACAGCAGUCUCCACCUGGAAGUCCUAUUUACUGACAAGUUGAUGCCCUGUCGGGUGCCUCCCCUGUUUGUUCGUCUGCCGCCGGACUAUCUGUCCCUUCCACGAGUCAACUGGCUUGUCCGCAGGUCCGAUUUCAUGGUUCAUUCGCAAGUGGAGUGGAGCGGAGAGGGGAAUUCUUUUUACACACGGGAUGAGGUGACCGCCUUCCGCAAGACCGCUUCCACUUUGGUUGUCCAAUUCCUGGAGGGUCUCCGCCUCCGCCAGCGUCUGGCGGACCAGCUCACUCUCUUCACUGUGACCGAAGUUUGGGCAAGUUUCGUUUCCUCAUUGGUGGAACCUUGUCUCCGCAACAGAGUGAAAAGCAUUCUCAUGGCAAUAGCGCGGUUUAUGACAUUUGGCAUUUAG